UGAAUUCCUCAAAACCUUUAGAUCAAAACUGAUGCAGAAGUUUGAGCGUCUGUAUGAGGGAACAGCGAUGCAGGGAAGCUCAACACUGCUAAAUGAGAUCUACACAGAGCUCUACAUUACAGAGAGUGAGAGUGGAGAGAUCAAUAAUGAGCAUGAGGUGAGACAGAUUGAGACUCAAUCCAGGAGAGCAGCGACAGAGGACACAGCCAUCAAAUGCAGUGACAUCUUUAGAGCUUUACCUGGACAAGACAAAGCCAUCAGAACUGUGCUGACAAAGGGAGUCGCUGGCAUUGGAAAAACUGUCUCUGUGCAGAAGUUCAUCCUGGACUGGGCUGAAGGGAAAGAGAAUCAGGACGUACAGCUCAUAUUUCCACUUCCUUUCAGAGAAAUCAACUUGAUGAAGGACAAAAAAUUCAGUCUUUCAGGUCUUCUUAAUCUUUUUUCCCCUGAAACAAAAGAAAUUGAAAUAUUCAGUGAAGAAUAUAAAGUGUUGUUCAUCUUUGAUGGUCUGGACGAGUGUCGUCUGUCUCUGGACUUUAAGAGCAAAGUGAAUCUGUGUAAUAUAUCUGAAUCAGCCUCAGUGGACGUGCUGCUGAUGAACCUCAUUGUGGGGAAUCUGCUUCCCUCUGCUCUCAUCUGGAUCACCUCCAGACCAGCAGCAGCUGAUCUCGUCCCCUCUGAGUGUGUCCAUCGAGUGACAGAGGUACGAGGCUUCAAUGAGCCACAGAAGGAGGAAUACUUUAGGAAGAAGAUCAGUAAAAAGAGACUGGCUAAAAAAAUCAUAAGACACCUGAAGUCAUCAAGGAGCCUCUACAUUAUGUGCCACAUCCCAGUCUUCUGCUGGAUCUCAGCCACUGUUCUGGAGAAAAUACUGAGUCGAGCAGAGAGUGGAGAGGUUCCCAAGACUCUCACUCAAAUGUAUACACACUUCCUGAUCCUUCAGACCAACAUCAAACAUGAGAAGGACUAUAAGAAUAAGGUGACAGAUAAAGACAUGAUCCUCAAACUGGGGAAACUGGCUUUUCGGCAGCUUAUGAAAGGGAACCUGAUCUUCUAUGAUGAAGACCUGAGAGAGUGUGGCAUUGCUGUGACAGAAGCAUCAGUGUACUCAGGAUUGUGCACUCAGAUCUUCAGAGAGGAGUUGGGCUUGUAUCAGGGGAAAGUCUACUGCUUUGUUCAUCUGAGCCUUCAGGAACAUCUAGCAGCUCUAUAUGCACACUUCUCCUUUACAAUUAAGAACAGAAAUGUGGUUGACCAACCUAAACUAAGUCUGUUGUCUAAGAUUUUUAACCAGAAGAAAUAUAAUUCACUAUCUGAGCUGCAUCAGAAAGCUGUGGGUGAAGCUUUACAGAGUAAGAAUGGACAUCUGGAUCUUUUCCUGCGUUUUCUUCUCGGUCUCUCAGUGGAGUCCAAUCAGACUCUCUUACGGACACUUCUGACACAGACAGGAAGCUGCUCCUACAACAAAGAGGAAACAGUUCAGUACAUCAAACAGAAGAUCAGGGAGAAUUGCUUUCCAGAGAAAUCCAUCAAUCUGUUUCACUGUCUGAAUGAACUGGGUGAUGAUACACUGAUGCAGGAGAUCGAAGAUUAUCUGAAAUCUGGAGAAAUAAAACAAACCAACAUCUCCUCUUCACAGUGGUCAGCUCUGGUUUAUGUGUUGCUCACAUCAGAGGAGAAGAUGGAUGUGUUUGAUCUAAAACAGUUUAUAGGAGCUCAACAUACAGCAGAUGAAGUUCUUCAGAAUCUGUUACCUGUGGUUAAAGAAUCCAGAUCAGUUCAGUAAGUAACACUGAAAACAAUCACUGCACUUUCAAAACAUGAUCACAUUUAUUAUUUUAGCAUUUUUACCAAAACAACGAAAUGGGGAAAAUCUCAGAGAAUCAC